UGCUGGGCAGGGUACAACCUGCUGCUCACCCCUGCAGCUGCUGCAAAGCAGACACGCUCUGUAUCCUUGCGUCUCCUGCAUAGGCUUGGCAUCCCAGGGCAGGGGAAUUCUCCCUCCCCACAUCCUCCUCGCAGCUCAGCAGCUCUGACCUCAGGGAGCCAAUGACCGGGUGGCCCCAUGCAUUAGCCCAACCUGUCAUCCCACUAAUUACCUUCUGGCUAAUCCCUGCCAAGCCAGGCUGGGGGAAGCAGGCUCAGCUGCUGGCCAUGGCUGCACAUACCCCUCUGCCCCGCCACCUCCGCCGGAGCUUGGCAGCCUUCAGCAGUUCCCUCUUCAUCAACAACAAGACGCGGGACAGUGGCACUGCCCACACCUACCACCCAGCCCACGAGGUGCUGGCCAGCCUGCCCCUCCAGAUGAUGCUCUACUUCAACGUCUACUACUUCCCAGUCUGGUGCCUGGCUGAGGGGAUGAUGCUGCUGCUGAAGUACCACCUGCUGCCUCGGCACUACCAGUUCCUGCUGGUUGCUGCCUUCCUCAUCCUCUCAGUGGCUGAAGGCUCCCGCCUCUACCUGGGCUACGUGGGGAACCUGCAGGAGAAGGUGCCAGAGCUGGCCGGGUUCCUCCUCCUCUCCUUCCUGAUCCAGCUCCCACUCCUGCUCUUCCUGCUGACGGACAGCCGUGUCACCCUCCUGCCGCUGGAGCUGGCCCUGCACAGCCUCCUCCUGGCCUUCCUCAUCACCGAGAUGGCGGCCGCCUUCCUGGCCUUGAAGACCAUGAGCAAGCAGCUGGCAGCACAGUUCUACCUGCGGCAGCUGAAGGGCAGCUGAGAAGGGGGGCAUAGGCACCCCACCCAGUCAGGCCCAGCAGGGAGCAUUAAAUGGUGCUCAGACCUCC